ACAACUCAACCCAUAGCACACGUACGUCACGACUUGUCUUUUAAAGAAAGAGCCUUUGCAUAAUAGUAACAGAAAAACUACGCAGGCAAAACCUCGAUAAAUGUGCUGAACUUUUUUGAAAAUGACAAAAACUGAAACAAGACUUGUAGGUUUGGACAGAAGUGCCCUUCCCAGGGCAGAUCAUUGAUGAGUGGAAAGUGUCCAUUCUUCUCAUUGAUUUAUUUAAAAAUAUAUUUUUACUGAUUUCAGAGAGGAAGGGAGAGAGAAACAUCAAUGAUGAGAAUCAUUGAUCAGCUGCCUCCUGCACACCUCCUGCAUGUGCCCUUGACCGGAAUCGAACCCUGGACCCUUCAGUCUGCAGGCCAACGCUCCACCCACUGGCCCAAACCGCCUAGGGCCAUUCUUCCCUUUUAAUAGACUGACUGAAUGUAGGGGAUCGUUUGCAAUCCUGAUACAGGGCCCAAAAGAUACUUGGGAAAUUUUGACAAGACAGCUCUACAAUUUAUCUGGAAGAGAAAUGUGGUUGAUUCCCCCCAGGCAACACACACACACCUUCCCCCCAGAAUGCUGUCCUGCUGAGGGUGGCCCAUAUUACAACCUGUUAGGGAUUAAAUUCAGGGGGACCUUGAAUGAGAGCAGACGUCCGGCUGAUGUAUGGACACUCAACAACCGUAAACCGAGGACCCAAGUGCCACGUUCUAGAGAAUAUAAGGAUUGAAGUUGUUCAUAGAAGCAUGUGCCUGAGGAGAGAGAAACAUGGAUUUCUUGUUCCACUUAUUUAUGACUUCAUGGUUGAUUCUUGUAUGUGCCCUGACCAGGGAUUGAACCCACAACCUUGGCGUACCUGGAGGACAUUCUCACCAACUGAGCUACCUGGCCAGAGUGGGAUGAGUUUGGGCCCAUGUCUAUCUACACUCAGGUACUCAACUUCCAAACAGGACAGAGCAUUGCUGUCACCGGGGAUCUUUAGAUCAGCAGAAAUCCACAAAUUUGAUAUAAUCGAGUCCAUCAACUUUCUCUCCAGAGAUUGUGCUUGCUGUGUCUUGGUUAAGGAAAUGUUUCCCACACCAAAGUCUCAAGCCUUCCUUCUCCACUUAAGUCUGAUCCUUCUAGGGUUACUUUUUAUAUAGAACGCGAAGUACAGACGCACUUUUAUUUCUCUCUUUAUCAUGAGCUAGUUUUCCCAGCACCAUUUGUCAACGGUGAGACCCCACCCACCCACCUCGGCGUCCCAUACCUUCCUCUUGGUUCCAUUCCCACUUUCUGGUGGCUGCCUUGGGAAUGAGUGAGUGCCCCAGUUGGCCCAUGAGAGAGGAGGGAAAAUCUCUGGGAAUCUUCCUCCCCAAAGGGACCUGCGUCUGGGCAACCCCUGCCGCCCAUUGUGACGCGCGCGCGGGCUGCUGGUCCGCGAGACAGGCGGCAGCGGCGGAGGCGGGCAGAGCCCGGGGAGCCAUGGCCGAGACGCAGGAGCUGUUGCUGCAGCUGCAGAAGGACAACCGCGACGGGCGCCUGAGGAAGCAGGAGCUGGAGGAGCUGGUGCGCGGGCUCGAGGCCGAGAGCGAGAGCCUCACUGGACGCCUGCAGGACCUGCGCGAGCGCGAGCUCAGCCUGCAGCGGAGGCAAAGCCAGGCGGCGGGUGCCCUGGGCGGGGAGGCGCGCGAGGCAGCGCGGGAGCGUGCGGAGCGGGCGCGCGGACUGCUGGAGGCUGCGGAGCAGCGCAAGCAGGACCUGGAGCAGCACAAUCGGCAGCUGCAGGAGCAGUGGGAAGAGCUGUCAAGUCAGCUGUUUUACUACGGAGGGGAGCAGCAGAGUCAGCAGCAAGAGGAGCAGCAGCUCGGCACCCAGCUGCUAGCGUUGCAGAAACAAUUGGAGUUACUGGAGGCCAAGCACGCGAUGCAGGCGGAGGGCCUGCGGCAGGGCGCACAGCGGACCGAGGAGGCGUGGGCCAGCUUCCAGGAGCAGAGCGGGGUCCUGCAGGAGCUGCAGGGGAAGGUGAUGGAGGCGGCGGCUGCGCUGGAUGCCUGGCGAAGCAGCAAGGAACUCUACAACUCCCAGCCUCGCCGGGUGCAGGACUGCGCGGGGUCCCUCAUGGAGGAGGUGGCCAAGGCCGAGUGUGAGAAGCGCCUGUUCGGCGGUGCGGGCGAGAGGCUGUGGGCGCUGAGCGCGCUGCAGAUGCUGCUGCUGCUGCCGCUCGGCUUCCUGGUGCUGCCGCUGCUCUACCUGGUGCUGGUCAACCCCGCGGCCCUCCGCCGCCUGCUGCCGCGCCUCGGCUCGGACACCGCCUUCCGCCGCCUGCGCUACACGCUGUCGCCGCUGCUCGAGCUGCGCGCGCGCGGGCUGCUGCCCGCCUAGGACCCAUCACGUCGGCCGUGGUCACCUCACCUGUCUCCCGUGUGGUUUUUGGGUGUCGGGGGGAGCCUUGGGGGAGACCCCGGGGGUGGAUCCUGAGCUCCUCGGGGCUCGGCGCCGGCUCCAGCACCCCGUCCUCUGGGCGCGGGGCCUUCCAGGUGGACCCUGCGGCUGGAGAGGCCGUUCCGGCGCCCGCGGCACCGGGGCUCCCCGGGCCGGGGCCUCCAGCUUGGGCAGGGCGCCCCCUCUCGGCGCUCGCUCCCAGGGGCUCCGGGCGCCCCGCGGGAAGACCCUUUUCCAACAGCGCGGGCUGCUGCGUGGGGCCCGCAGGAAGUUGGUCUGUAUCUUCUUACCCGCCUCGUCCCCCCAGUGAGCGAGCCUGGGGCGGCGGCGGACCCGGGAGGGAGCUGGCAGGUUGGUCUCUGUGGACGUCUGUUUCCUCGACCGGCGGCGGCG